GGGGGGCGCCACGCAACGGGGGAGCCAAUCAGCGGCCGGGGCCGCUCCGCUCUGCCCGCCCCGUCGGCGAGGCGGGCGCUGGCGGUGGGGGCUGCCGGGGCGCCGGGGGCGGCGGGCACCGGGCGCGGGCACAGCUGCGGGCACCAGCGACGCCGGUGUCGCUGCUGCUGCUGUCGCCGCCGCCGCUGCCGCUGCUACUGCCGGGCGGAUACGCGCGUGCCGAGCUUCUUUCGCCGUUUUACUUUCGCGGCCCGGAGCAGGGACAUUAUGCCGAAGAGAAAGUCUCCAGAGGGUGCUGAAGGCAAGGAUGCAGCAAAAGUAACUAAACAAGAGCCUACAAGACGAUCAGCAAGACUGUCAGCUAAACCUGCUCCGCCAAAACCUGAACCCAAACCAAGGAAAACCACAAAGAAGGAACCUGGGACAAAGGCCAACAAAGGUGCUAAAGGGAAGAAGGAUGAAAAGAAAGAAGCUGCAAAGGAAGGUACUACACCAUCUGAAAAUGGUGAAAAUAAAGCUGAAGAGGCUCAGAAAACUGAAUCUGUAGGUGACAAGAAUGAAUGAAAUAUCAUGAAAAAUUUUGGGUUGAUUUUAUGUACCUCUUGGACAACUUUUAAAAGAUAUUUUUAUCAAGUAUUUUGUAAAUGCUAAUUUUUUUAGGACUAUGAUAGUUGACAUAUUAAACUGUAUAUGAACAUUUCCCCUCUCAUAACAGUGCUUUUAGAAAUUCCCAUUGUUGCCAAGUAAUAUAUAAAUAUCAACUUAAUAUUGCAAGGUAUGUGUAAAAUUGGAUCAGCAUUCCAUACACUUGCUUCAAGAGAUUGUCUUGUGCCUAUGGUGGUGUUUUUACUGUGUGUAUUUGAAUUUUUCAUGCAGUUUUUUCUAGAGCAAUAAUCAGUGGUGCUUUUGUACUUAGGGUUUAUGUGGUUUUAAUGAAACAUGGAUAGAUGUGGCCACCUGCUGACUAUUUUGGGUUCUUUUAAUGGAUUAAAAUAAAAGGUCUCCUUGCCUGCAAAAAA